AUGGGGUGCAUUGAGAGAGAGAGAAACACACUUCUCAGCUUUAAAGCUGGUCUAACCGAUCCAUACAACUUCUUGUCUUCAUGGGAAGGCCGCGAUUGUUGUAAAUGGGCGGGAGUCAUCUGCAGCAAUACGACGAGCCAUGUUGUGAAGCUCAAACUUGGAAAUUUAUCAUUGAGUGGUGAGAUCAAACCAUCUUUGUCUCUUUUGAGUGAUCUAAAGCAUUUAGAUCUUAGCAUGAAUAAUUUUUACGGUAACAGCAUUCCCACGCAUAUAGGUUCUUUGCAAAAGUUGAAAUAUCUUAACCUCUCCAAUGCAUGGUUCAAUGGAAUCGUGCCUGCUCAACUUGGAAAUCUAUCAAAUCUCCGCUAUCUCGAUCUCAAUGCACAAAAUUCUAUUUUUCCCCUGAUUAGUGUAGAUAACAUGUGGUGGCUCACCCAUCUGUCUUCUUUGAAGUAUCUUGAUAUGAGUAUAGUGAAUUUGAGUACAGUUCCAAAUUGGCUCCAAGUAGUAAACAUGCUUCCAUCCUUAGAAGUGCUUCAUUUGGAAGACUGUUUUCUUUCUGGAAUUCCCACGUCUCUGUCGUACGUCAACUUUACAUCUCUCAAAGUGCUUGAUCUAAGUGUUAACCUCAUCAACUCUACCUUACCUAAAUGGCUGUGGAAUCUUAGUCGCAUCACUCAUCUGGACCUUUCAUACAACACAUUACAUGGAUUUAUUCAUGAUGAAUUUAGCUGCUUGGAAUCCCUCAAUGUUCUUUCGUUACAUGGUAAUAAUUUCAAAGGUAUGUCUUCAAGAGCAUUCCGCAAGCUUUGCAACUUGAUUACUUUGGAUUUGGACGAAAUUGGCUUCAGUGGGGAUAUUUCAGAAUGGAUCGACCCGUUGGGAGGAUGCACAAUUUAUAAGCUACAAAACUUGUAUUUGCCGCUAAACAAUUUAAACGGGAAUUUGUCAGGAUGGCUAGAAAAAAUGAUGAGUCUAACUACUAUAGAUUUGAGGCACAACUCACUCACCGGUACCAUCCCAGUAGGAGUAUGGAGGCUUCCUAAUAUUACAUAUUUGGAUCUUUCUAGUAAUUCAUUAGAGGGUGUAAUAUCUGAGGUCCAACUUAAUUAUCUUGGAGGAAUAAAAGAACUUUACCUUUCAAAUAACUCCAUAACGGUUCAAUUUAGUGAUAAUUGGGUUCCUUCUUUCCAACUCAAAGAACUUGGAUUGGCGUCGUGCCGGCUGGCACAGAAAUUUCCAACUUGGAUGCAAGGACAGACACAACUCGAAAUUUUAGAUUUAUCCAAUAAUCAGAUCAAGGGGAAUUUGCCAUUACCAUUGGACCGAACGAUGAUAAACUCGUUGAAUUUGAGCUUUAAUCAAUUUGAAGGCCCAUUGCCGUCUUUACCGCCUACUAUUAUGUUUUUGGAUCUCUCUAAUAAUUUCUUUGAAGGAACAACCUAUCUGGAGAACUUCCUCAAUGUUUAG